AUGGUGCUCCGGUACUAUAUACCGCUCCUUACUCCUGGCUUUCGGCCCCAGCUCCUAUCCCCCUCAACGAUGUCGAAGGCGGAUAUAAUGACCGCGGAGAAAACCUCUCAAGAAACACAGCUGGAAGAGCGACAAACUGAUUCUCCUGCUUUCAAUGCCGAAGUUGACGCCCUCAGACUUCCCUUGAGAGGCCGGAAGCUUACAGCAGCGAUCGCAUUCGUCACUGGGACUGGAUUCACUCUCUUUGGAUAUGACCAGGGAGUCAUGUCCUCCCUUUUGACUGCUAAACAAUUUGAGAAAACCUUCCCCGAGGUCGUCGUGUCCCCUGCCCACAGAAACCAUGCAACCUUGCAGAGCCUCUUGGUCGCAAUCUACGAACUUGGGUGUCUUGCUGGUGCUCUUUCUAAUCUCUGGGUCGGAGACAAGCUUGGUCGAAGGCGUACAAUUGCUUUGGGUGGCAUCAUCAUGAUUGCUGGAGCAAUUCUUCAAGCCGCGUCAUUCAGCUACGCUCAAAUGCUCGUGGCUCGUGUCAUUACAGGUUUUGGGAAUGGACUUAAUACAUCGACUGUGCCGUCUUACCAUGCGGAGUGCUCGCCGGCUGCUCAGAGAGGUCGCUUGAUCAUGAUUGAAGGAGGUCUUAUCACAUUCGGGAUCAUGAUUUCCUAUUGGAUCGACUUCGCACUCUUUUGGGCCAGUGAUUCUUCGGCCCAAUGGAGGGUUCCGGUUGCUCUACAAAUCAUCUUCGCUUUGAUCAUGGUUAUUGCCAUUGGCUUUCUUCCCGAGUCUCCCAGGUGGUUGCUGAAGGCCGGACGUCCGGCUGAGGCCAUGGCUGUCAUAUCUGCCCUCGAGGACAAGCCCCCCUCAGACGAGAAGAUAAAGCAGACAUACGAAGCCAUUCGCGAGGCUGUCUUGUUGGAAGAACUCGGGCCAACGAGCGGUAGUCGACACCCUGAUAAGACGCAGUCAAAAGAUGUUCCUUUAAGGGAGUUGUUUACUGGAGGUCGCGGACAGAAUUUCCGUAGAGUCAGUCUCGGUGUAGUGAUUCAAUGCUUCCAACAGAUUACUGGGAUCAACAUUAUAACGUAUUAUGCGACACUUCUAUUCGAGCGUCUGCACAUAUCAGACACCAACUCUAGAAUCAUUGCGGCAUGCAACGCCACCGAAUAUUUCAUGGCAUCUUGGAUCGCUGUCUUUUUCAUCGAAAGCAUCGGUCGACGCAAGCUAAUGUUCUUUGGGGCUGCCGGGCAAAGUGCCUCCAUGGUGCUUCUUGCGGUUCUGGGGAGCCUCGAUCACUCAGCAGCUCGCGUAAUAAGUGCUGUUCUGCUCUUCGUUUUCAACUCAUUCUUUGCCGUGGGGUGGCUCGGAAUGACAUGGCUUUACGUAGCCCGCUGA